AUGUUACAGCGUAAAAGAUUCCCUCAGGAGAUCAAACUUCUCGUGAUAACGGGAGAGGCAAUUCCCAGUGAAACCACGAUUACGGCUCGGACACCGACCAAAUUCGAUGAUUUAAAUCCUUUUCUCAACGAGGGUAAUUUCAUUCGUGUAAACGGUCGUUUGAAAAAUUCAGAUUUAAUGCACAAUAAAAAGCAUCCGUUACUUCGACAGCGACCUAAGGUGAUGCAGGCUCAAAUGGCGGUUUUACCGGAACGAAGAGUAGCAGAAGCUCGAGCUUUCAGUCGAACAGAGGUAGAUUUUUUCGGACUAAUUCUCAUUAAAGAAGAAAAACAUAGCAAUAGAAUUUUGCUUAAAACUUCCGGUUGCGUUUUCAUUUGCUUGGUGUCUAAAGCGGCCCAUAUCGAACUUUUCACCGAUCUCUCAACCGAAGGCUUUCUGUCAGCGUUGCGCAGGUUCAUUGACCGCCGGGGAGUGACGGAUCACGCCUAUUCCGACAAUGUACCAGAUAACAGCUUAGCUACGUACAACCUCAUAACCAAAGCUCGACAGGAUUUUUUGAAAAUAUGGCACAAAGAGUACCUCAGUGAGUUACAAACUCACCAAAAAUGGCAAAAUUUUACUUCAGAAUUAAAGGUCAGAUCAGUAGUGCUCUUGAUGGAAAACAACCUAGGAUGCGCAAGUUGGCCACUGGGUGUGAUCGCCGAAGUGUUCUCUGGGAGCGACGACAUAGUGAAUGUGGCAUCGUUGAAGACGACCAACGGUACCUACAAGCGCAACAUCACCCGUUUGGGCUUGCUGCCAACUGCGGGUUGCUAA